AUGAAGAAUUUAAUGAAUGCUACAUUGGGAUACGUAGAGAAUACCAUGAAGAGAUUAGUGAAUGUCACCGAAGUAGCUGAUAAGGGAAGUGAUAAGAGAGGAAGUGAUAUCACCCAUCGCAUCUACAAUAUCAAUGAUACAUCAGCUAUGAUAAGAAUCAAUGGAACUGAGCAAAAGGAUGAAAGAAUGUCACCCACCAGAAGAAUGCGACGAAUUGUGGAAGCGCUUCUUUCGGAAAUGCGGAUGUCAAUGAAUAUGAGGUUAAAGUUAGAAGUUGGCAGUUAUGACCUCUUGGUGUCGAAGAAAGAAACCCCUACUGAUUCUAUUUGUCAAAAUUAA